AUGCAGGCGACGGCAAAGACGGAAAAGCGAGACAGGAAGCGAGAGAGAGAGAGGGAGGGAGUGAUAGCAGGAGAGAGUGCAAGAGAGAGUGCAGUGAGAGUGAUGGAGACAGAGACAAGAGACAAGAGACAAGAGACAAGAGACAAGAGACAAGAGGCAGAGACGGAGAGGGAGAGGGAGAGGGAGCGGGAGAGGGAUGGAGGGGGAGGGGGAAAGGCGCAAGGGACGGACGAGGCGACGGCGGUUGGCGACUCUGGGACUAUCAAGCAGACAGACUCACCGAAGCAAGCAAGAGAGGAAGAAGAGGAAGAAGAGGAAGAAGAAGAAGAAGACGAAGAAGAAGAAGAUGGAAGAAAGGGAAGAAAGAAGAGAAAAAGAGAAGAAGCGACGAAGCGAACCAACUCCAGACGGCGACGUAAGGAAGAAGAAGAAGCACGACGGCGGGAGAUGCAGAAGAAGUUGCAGGCGAUGGAUGACAAGAAGAAGGGCGAAAAGGUGAAAAGAAGAAGAAGAAGAAGAGAAGAAGAAGAAAGCAAGAAGCGAGUGCGAGACUAA